AUUCUAUGUCAACAACUUGGCAUGACAUCUAUAAUGUCAUUCGUUCUCAGAGAGUCGCUAGCUGUUCUUUAGACAGCUUUAUUAUUGAAUGACAAAUGAAUAUGAUCAGCGCUCUUCUGUUCUGUGUGUGCUUGUGGCGUCUGGUUGAUGUGACGGAUGAAGUGAAGUCGAUAUCAGUGAUGGAGGGAGCUUCUGUCACUCUACACACUGAUGUUACUGAAGUACACAAAUAUUUGUUCAUACAGUGGAUGUAUGGAAACACGCGAAUAGCUGAAGUCGGCAGGCUCACACAAACACACUCGACAUAUGAUGGUCCUGAUGGGAGAUUCAGAGACAGACUGAAACUGGAUCAUCAGACUGGAUCUCUGACCAUCACAAACACCAGAACCACAGACUCUGGACUUUAUAAAGUAACAGCUAUCAGCAGUGAGACCAGCUAUAUGAUUUUCAAUGUCACAGUCUAUGAGAUUCCACAAAGUUCUAUAACGACAGGAAGUUCAACAAGCUCAAAUUUUGUGACGUCCAAUUUAACCAUCAACCAGACUGAAGAUGUCAAUAUUACUGAACUCCAUCAGCCAAGUUCAGGGCACGUCCACUGCUGUGGUUUUACUGAAACUGUGAUACGAUUGGUUGUUUCUGCUUUGGUAAGCGUGGCUGCUGUUGGUUUUCUGGUUUACGACAUCAGAUCUACAAGAAGUCAGCUGAACAGGAUGCAAGAGACUAGACAUUACCAUCAGAGCCAUAGAGUAAAAUCAGACCAACAUCAGUUGAGCAAAAGAAUGAGUUCCAGAUAUGUUUGCUGAAGGUUGCUGGUAUAAUCCCAAAAAUAUACUGAUACAUCCAGUUAUGUUAUCGUUAACUGAUCUUUAAAAUUAAAGAAAAUUCCACCAAAUGGAUCCUCUGGAGUGAAAGGGCGACGUCAGAUUGAGAGUCCAAACAGCAAGAAACACAUCCAUCAUUAAUAUGUUUUGACUUAUAACUAAUGCUAGUCCUCUAUAAUAUCAUUUUCACCAGUGAAAUGUCUUCUCUUCUGAAUCAGGAGAGAAAUAUCCUCAGAUCAAGCUCCAUUUACAUGUCAAAAUAGUCUGAAACAAUUCUAAAGAAUGGGUGGAUUUUGAUCUAAGAGGACAACAAGAUAUGUUUUUCACUGGAGGAAGCAUUUGUGGAUUAUGCAAUUGUGAAUUAUGGCCAGCAUCACCAGCAUCAAUGAUGGGUUCGUUUCUGAAAAUCACAGUUUUUCCACAUCAAAAGAUGUUAAUUGAUGGACUGGAGUCGUGUUGUUUGGACUAUCAUUCUGACGGCACCCAUACACUGCAGAGGAUCCAUUGGUGAGCAAGUGAUGUGAUGCUAAAUCUUUCCAAAACUGUUCUGUUGAAGAAACAAACCCCCAUCUCAGAUUGGUAAGUUUUAAGCAAAUUUUCAUUUUUGAGUGAACUAUUCAUUUAAAUAUAGGCUGUAAACAUAAUUUCCUCAGAGGACCUCAGAACCCUGAAACAACAUACAGAACUGCCAAAUUUUGCUAUAAGUAUGAUUGCAACAUAUAAUAAUUGCUGUUAAUAGUG